ACACGGUUGGCUCAUUCACGAUUCAACUGGCACCGCGAAAUUGUCGCAAAUAUUUUAAGUGAUGUUAGAAUAGUUUACCUUUGUUUCGAAAAAAAAAUUGCACAAAUUUUAAGAUGAAGUGGGUUUUUUAUGUAAUCGUGUUUGUGUAUAUGUUUUAUAGAGCAGUUUAUGGACUGAACACUAACGGAAUUGGCAGUAACCAAGUAAUAGCACUGGAUGACAACUCUGACUAUGGAGAUGGGAUAUUUGUUGCCGCGGGAGAGCGAAAAAUUAUUAGCUGUAAAGCUUCGGGUAAAAACCAAGAGAUAAAAUGGUACAACCCUAAAGGCCUCGCCAUAUCUCGCAUACAAUCCGGGCGCGUGUACACGUCGCAGUACUUCGUGCAGUCCCCGCGUGCGCCUGCGCUGGUGCUGAACAUUACGGAGGCCGAAGUGCACGACAGCGGAGUGUGGGUGUGCCGCGCGGGAGACACCGUUAGGAACGUCUCCAUUUGUGUCAUUGAUCCUACGAAUUUCGAAGGAACACCUACUGAAGUAGCUGCAGAUGAGGGUCGCUCCUACACGUUGUCCUGCCAGACCAAGGGAGAACCCGAGGCCACGAUAUCAUGGACUAGAAACGGACGAGUUAUAAACGAAUUUGAUUACCAAGACAUGCCUAAGUACAGAGUAAUGACGAAAUAUAACAGACAAGGAAUUGAAGGAUUACUAACUAUUAUGUCACUAAGUGUCGAGGAUAGCGGCGUGUAUACUUGUAUUGCCACCCAAGAAACGGAAUUAGCGGACAAAUGUGGAAAAAACCAAACUGUUGAUAUUAUGCUAAAUAUUAACCAUGUCCCUACAUUUGGAGAAAGGACGAAGGAGAAUGUUUACGGAACCGAAAGUGAAAGUUUAUUUCUAAGAUGCGAGGCUGAUGGCUACCCUCAACCAACCUAUAAGUGGUUCAUAAAAAAUGGUGGAGCAAAUUCAGUACAAAUAGCUGAUAAAGAAAUAGUUUUCGCUGAUAAUGACUCCGCUUCUGUUUUACCAGUAAAGGUGACAGAAGACAGCUUCGACAGUCUGUACAUUUGUCACGCGUCAAACCAGCUGGGAGAUGUUGAAUUGGAGUUUCAUAUACUGGAAUCUAUGAUUCCUAAAAAACCUGAUGAGGUAGAAAUUAACGAAGAUCUAACCACAAGUAAAACAAUUGUUUUGAAUCUUUCGUGGAAUGAAGAAAUACGAUUUGAUAUAAGCAAAAUUGAAGUACAGUAUUUGCCAACGGCGCAAUUACCAAGAAAAAGAGCGACCACACUGAGGGAAAGAGAUUGGAAACAUUCAAAACUAUAUUCGGCCCCGACUGGUGAAGUUCUUGAAGAUAGCACUAUGGCUGUAUUGGAGGGUUUAGAGCCAUCGACUGAGUAUUGGGUGCGAUUACGCAUUAAUAACGACAUCGGUGACUCACUGUGGUCAAACUCAAUUAGGGCAUCAACCAAAGAAGGAAAAGACGACGAGGAAGAAGAAAAUGAAAUAGAAGACGAACAAAUAAAAGAAGAUCGCGAUGUAGAAGUACCCACUGAGCCCGAGCCAGAUACAAAUGAAGACGAUUCGCUUGUUACUACCGAAAAGCAAGCAACGCCGCUAUCAGAAGAUUCCGGAAGGUUUUACGGCCUGUUCUUUGCCGUAGGUGUUUUAAUAGUUGCUGUCGGUUGCACUUUCAUUGUAAGGAUGGUUUAGGAUCGUGUUCAUUAUUCCGAUAUUAUUUCAUCGUUAUUUAUGAUUGACAUUUUACGUACAUUGUUCAGUUUAUUGGUUCAC